CCCUCCAUUUGAAUAGUCAUAAUGGCUUAUGGAGUAUUUAGCCACAGUAUUUUGCAAUUCGUUGCGCUGGGCGUCUUAGCGCUGUGCCUGACUCAGGCGCAGACGCAGGAGACGGCGACCACAGACAGCUCUGAUCAGCUAAGCGAUCUCGGCGAGCAGACGACUUUGCUGGUCACUGAUUCGUCGCUGGGCGAGACAACCACAGAGAUUCCGGCCACAGUGGAUGUGGUGCCGGCCAUCGAGACGGAGAAUCGUAAUGCUCAAUUUGAUCUCUCGGCUGCGGCAGAUCUGGACACAAAGGACUCGAAUGAGAUCUACUUGGAUAAUGUGAGCUGCGAAUCGGAUGCAGUUGGCUUUGAAAUUGUCACCGGCUAUGUAUUCUCAGCACCUGGCAGGCUCUUGGACUCGCUGCCCGGCACUCUAAUGCUGACGGACUGUCUGGCCACCUGCCUGAAGAAUGACACCUGUCAGUCCGUUAACUACGAGACGGGCCUCUGCGUGCUAUUCUCAGCACACGCUGAUCAGUUGCCAGGCGCCUUAACCAAAUCGCAGUUUCCGGUUUUCACAAUCUACGCACAGAAGUCUUGCCUCGCCGCAAAGCCCUGCUCGCGGGCCUGGUUCGUGGACCGCGUGCAAAACUACAAGCUGAAGUCGGAAGUUAAGCGCAGCCUCGCGGUGGCAUCGCGACGGGAGUGCUCCGAGCUCUGCCUGAGCGAAACGGAAUUUACAUGCAGAUCUGCCAACUACAAGAGAGCCACUGGCGUCUGCGAGCUGAGCGAAAUGGAUCGUUCGACUUUGGCUGGCACGAAUGCCUUCCAGGUCAUGGACGGCACUGACUACCUGGAGAACCACUGCGUCGAGGAGCCGAACAAGCUGUGCGAGUUCAAGCGGCUGAAUGGACGCAUUCUGAAGACGGUUGACUCGGUCUACCAGGAGGUGAGCAGCGUGGACGAGUGCCGUGAGCUGUGUCUCAAUUCGCCCUACAGAUGCCACUCGUACGACUACAAUGACACCGGCGACAUGGUCUGUCGCCUCUCGCAUCACAGCCGCGCCACGCUCUCCGACGUGCAGGAUCCCUACCUAGAGGUGCCUGAGGCGGCGACCUAUGAGCUGGCCUCCUGCUACAAUGUGACGAUCGAGUGCGGAGGCGGCGAUAUGCUGGCCAGGAUACGCACCUCGAAGCUGUUCAGCGGCAAGGUCUACGCCAAGGGCUCGCCCAGAUCGUGCGCCGUGGACGUGAGGAGCGCCCUGGACUUUGAGCUGCGCAUGAACUAUCAUGAUCUGGAGUGCAAUGUGCGCCAGAGCCAGAGCGGGCGCUAUGUGAACGACAUUAUCAUCCAGCAUCAUGACAUGAUCGUCACCUCAUCCGAUCUGGGCCUGGCCUUGGCCUGCCAAUACGAUCUGACCAACAAGUCGGUGACCAACGGCGUCAAUCUGGAUGUGCGCGGCGACCUGACGCCCGCUCUGUCGGAGGAGGUGAUUGUCGACUCGCCCAAUGUGAUCAUGCGCAUUACCUCGCGCGACGGCUCCGAUAUGAUGCGCUCCGCCGAGGUGGGUGAUCCGCUGGCACUCAAAUUCCAGAUCAUGGACGAGCAGAGUCCCUAUGAGAUCUUCGUGCGCGAGCUGGUCGCCUUGGAUGGCGUUGACAACUCGGAGAUCACGCUGAUCGACUCGAAUGGCUGUCCCACCGAUCACUUCAUCAUGGGCCCCAUAUACAAGAGUCCCGGCUCCACCAAGAUCCUGUUGUCCAACUUUGACGCCUUCAAGUUCCCAUCCAGCGAGGUUGUCCAAUUCCGUGCCCUGGUCACGCCCUGCAUGCCCAGCUGCGAGCCGGUCCAGUGCGACCAGGAGGACACCAGCGGCGAGUACAGAUCCCUGCUCUCCUAUGGCCGCAAGCGUCGUUCGCUGAACGAAACAGCCACUUUCGAAAUGCGUCAGAAGCGCGAGGUUAAGACACCCUCGGAUAUGCUAUUGGUUCAGUCCAUUCAAAUCACUGACAAGUUCGGCUUCGAGGAGCAACAGAGCCGCAAGUCGAAUAUUGGCGGAUAUUCGGAGAACAAUGAAACGGAAUUCACAAUUACAAAUCCGGGACGCGGCUUCUGUGUCAAUGCAUUUGGACUCAUUACAGCUGCCACAUUCUUCCUGCUCACCCAAUUGGCUAUAAUUGGCAUUUGGACCUUCUGCUAUCAGCGCCGGCAGAAGCUUCAGGCCUACCAGCACUCGUAUUAGGUUAAAUACUUUUUCUAAGCUUCGAACUCAGAUCGAACAAGUUAAUUUCAGCAGGUGCGCACGACGAGAGCGAGUUACACAUACAUAUAUAAUUCUCUCUAUAUAUAUAUAUAUGUAUAUUUGAUACUUGGCAGCCUUGGAAAUUGGUCUUGUCUAGUCAUUGCUCGAUUUGGGUGUAGAAUAUAAAUAGAAAUGUCGCAGAUUGUUUGUUGGUUAAUGGAUACUAAUAUAUUUCAGUUCGUCUAUUUAUAUAUUUUGAGCCCACUUUACGUACUAUGUACUCUACGCAUCUUUUCCAGACUUGUGAAGGUAGUUCGACAACUCCA